AGCCACUAUUGUGGUUUACAGUCUACUAAAAUACUUGGAGGUACAGGAGUUAGCUAGCUAGAGAUGGAGCGCGGCACAGAGUGGCUGUACACACCGCUCGGACUAGACAAGGAAGAGUACCUCUUGGGACGCAAGAUUGACAAGCACACAAACCCAUCAAAUCUGGUCCCAGAAAAGAUCUGCCGCUCCUCUGAGGGCGGGGUGGUUGAUCUGAGCACAAAGAUUAAAGAAGAUCCCUUGUUUAUGAUUCGAAAAUCUGAAGAAGAAAAACGCAAGUCAGUUGUGAGUAAUCCUGUUAAGGUGUCUCAGAUAAAGCAACGCGUAGCAAAAAUACACAAAAAUUCCAAGAAGAGGGAAAAUUCAUCACCAGACAGAUCAAGAUCCCCUCCCUCCAGGCACACAAGGCACUCCCCCCCUCACACAAGGCACACGCAUUCUCACACAAGGCACUCCCACAGACGACAAGGAUCGUCUUCAGCUACAACCUCUCGUCGUUCUGCUACAAGCUCUUCAGGAAGGAAAAUGAGCAGAGAAGAGUUAGAACGCAAGAGACAAGAGAUGAUGGACAGUGCACGGGUCCAUAGGCAGACACUCAAACAAGGCCGUGCUGAGAUAGAAGAGACAGAGGGAGCUAAGCAAGCACCUCAUUUCCUACAGUCAUUGCGUGUGAGCUCUCUGACUACCAGCAACUCAGUGGCUGAUCGUAUUCACAGAAGUAUCCAAUCAGUUCAGAGAACUAAAGCACGCCUCGAUUCAGACUUUCUAUGAACACACUAGUACUAUCAUUGAUUUAUGAACAUGCCUACAUGUAGCCUCGAUCCCAGCCCCUCUCAAUUGAGAGCGGCCUGAAAUCGAGGCUAUCCUACAUGUAAAACACAAUUAGAGUGCGGGUUCGUUCGAAGUAUCCCAACUCAUUUGAUAUUCCCUCGAUACUUGCCGCAUCCAAAAUGGCCGCAUGCACAUGCUCUGCAGAAGAAGGAGAUGAUGAUAGAUGGUUGGGAGGCUUUAAGGCUGCUCUGUUGUUAGGUCUACUCCCUCGGAAGAACACAGCCUAUCCAUUCACGACCACAGCUCGCUGGAGAAGGAGAGAAAAGAUGGCUAAACGAAAGCAGUUAAAUUACACAUCAGGUACUUUCUUAGAGCUGCGCAACUACUCGCGCUCUGUGGCGAGGGAGGUGGUCCAACACAAGAAACAAAAGGUACAGGUGAGUCACUCUGGGAGGUUUGAUUGGAAAACAAUGCUAGCACUCGAAAUGUUCCUCAAAACGUCAUCACUACGCUGUCAACACCUGGAAGAGAUUGGAUUUCCGUACAGCACACAAAGUGUUGAUGCCAUUCUCUCAAAACUAGAGUCGUGCUUGAAAAAACAAGCUACAAGACUUUUUCAAGAUAAUUGAUUUGAUUUGUGUUCAUAAUUCAUUGUUCAUUAAUUUUUGUUCCUGUUUAUGAACAUUUUCAAUAAUAGUUUAGUAUAAUUAUAAUUUAUAAUCAAGUUCCAGUUCUGA